UUUCUCUCUCUUCUCGUACAUGAUGAAUGCACACAGCACACAUAUCUCCCUCGCAUCGUUGUGAGCGGUGCCCUCUCUCUCUCCUCUCUCUCUCUCUCUCUCCCUCUCACCUUCUACGCUUCCUUUUUCUCGUUCUAUCGCUCAAUCUGCAGCCCCGCCGGCGGCCGGAUUCCCUCUCCAAAAAUUCGCCGGACACCAAGGGUAGUGUUAACUACACGCAUGCCUUGAUUCUGAUGGCGACGCCGCCGCUGAAAUCGCAGCCAUUGCACAACUUCUCCUUGCCCCACCUCAGAUGGGCGCACAAGUCUUCCUCCUCUACAUCCCCCGCCGCUUCGCACCACCACCGCUUCCGACGCGCCGGCGAAUCGCCCGAUCACCACCACACCGAACAAAAGGAACAAUCUCCGCGGCGGAACGCCGCUUCAUCCUUGGAGGACGAGGUCAAGCCGUGGAACUUGCGGCCGAGGAAGGAGAUCGUCAGAGCGGCGCCGCCGCCGCCGCCGCAGAACUUCUCCGGUAAAGCAACCGCCGACGAGACUAAUGAUGCGAAACUGAACUCCUCCGCCGGCAACGGAGUGAAGUCGCAGAGACUCAGAGGCUCCUCCGGAGCUGAGCGUAGGGCUAAGAGGAGGCUCUGGAUUUCGCUCUCUAGGGAAGAAAUUGAGGAAGACGUUUACGCUUUAACCGGCGGAAAACCUGCCCGGCGGCCUCGAAAGUGGCCGAGAAACGUCCAGAAACAGCUCGAUAGCGUGUUUCCAGGAUUGUACUUGGUUGGAGUUGCAGCUGACUCUUAUCGAGCUAUGAUGAUUUGAGACGGUGGGAUUUGGCUAUGGAUGCUGGACAGCAACAGAGUUAUACAGAUGAAAGUGUGAAAGAAGAAUAGGGACAGAAUCGAACUAGGUUAAUAUCGACAUAUGACACUAGACUUUUCUUUCGAGGAUUGGUUCUUUGUGUUAUCUAUACUCUAUAAAGUCUAUUGGGGAAAUAAAUGAUAUUUUCCUUCGAUUAUGCUAUAAGCUUUUGUUGUCGAAAAAAUUGGUUAACCUUUAUUGGAAUGUGAUUUGGGGAAUGUGCUGUAGAAAUUGAAGUGAAUUGAUAUUGCUCGCGUUCUGGUUUCACUAUGAGGUUUUUGGUGAAUUUAGUUCGAUUAGGAUCUUAAAGAGCUUUCCAUUCGACCGUGAGUGUUCUCGUGUUGUAGAAUCGAGUCCUAU